AUGUCCAGGGAUCAUGCGGAGUUGGUCGCGGAUCUUGACACUAGAACCGUCUGCAUCCGCGAUAUCGGAUCUCUGCAUGGGACCUUUAUCAAUAGCGAGCAGGACCGGAUCGAUAACAAUACUGAGCGGCCUUUGGCGACCGGAGAUACUAUCAAGUUUGGGGUGCCCAUCUGGCGCGGCAAGGACGCCUUUGCACCUACAACUGUGGGGGUUGGCCUGGAGUUCACGGCUUCGGUUGAGGUGAACCGGAAUGUAUUCAAGGUUCCCGAGUACAACAGCGAUCUCGAGGAAUCCGACAGCGAGAGCGAGUUAGAGGACGAAUCAGAUGAACCCGACACAACCAUCCAUACGGGAGUAUACUUCAAUAACCAGGUAUCAGAUCAUAUUGACCUGACCAAAGACGACGAGAAGCGUGCUAGUGUUGUGCACGAAAUUGUGCAAUUGGAUGGCGCUGCCAGCCAACGUGUAAUCGACUUGACGUCCCCAUUACGGGAAGAGAGUCCAGGAGGCUCAUUUCUAGGCAACCAUGACGAUCGAGCAGCAUCUGAGGAUGGAGCAAGCGUUGUCGCCUCUGAGGAUCAGUUCCGUUCAGAGAAUGAUGUUGACUUUGAUAGAGACUCAUCUAUCCGCCUGACAGAAGAGGAGGAUGGCAUAGACUUCAGCGACGAGGAUAGUGAUAGCGAUGCUGAGGAUAAGAGCGACAUGAGUUCCGAGAGAAGUGAAGAUUUGGAGGGCAGCGAAGAGGAGGCAGACUAUUCGUCUGAUGACGAGCCUCUUGAAGAUGGAGAUCACGGCCUCAUGGCCUGGCCCGAUGCCGACGUCGAGGUCGAGCUGGCCCCCAUAGCACUCCAAGACAUGUUUGACACGCCAUUGCCGCCAUUAAAUACUUCAGUUCCCACCACCAAUCUUCUGCCAUCAAUUUUACCAAACGCGCCUCUUCCAGCGACUAUCCCAUUGCCACCCAUCAAUGCUGCGGCUCUUCGAGAGCCAAGCCCGUCGGAUGCGGCAAUGAUGAAGAGUUCAGUCAAGACGCAGACGAUCACUAAGCCGAUGAUGGAGAUCCUCAAGGAAAAGACGGGCAAGCACGCCUUUUUUGACGCUCGUGAGGAGAACAAGGCUGCUCUCGCUCGACAAAGUAACACUUAUCCAUCGCCGCCAAAUGCACAGCCAGUCAAACAGACGAGCGACAACGUCACACAGAAGCCACCUGUCUGGCUUGCUCAGCCAAUGCCGGAUGCUCAAGAGCCCAUUGACCCAAUUCAGCCGGCCUCCUCUUCACAACCACUUGUCAAGUCGGCAUGGCUCUCGACUGGUAAUGACUUCUUGAACUCGCCUCAGGAAGGUCAAGAUCAGCCGGAAGAUGAAGCGGAUUCCGAAGCUGAAGCAAUGACAUCCGCUUACAAUUACCAUCUGUGGAAGCAAUCUCGUUCGCAAGAGAGCGAGACCGGCUCACGUCGUAUUGGUAUCAACGACAUUGUCGUGGUCGAGGACCUUUGCGAUCAAGCUCCAGAUAGUGCACAAGUGAAGGAGACUCCUAGAAAACGAAAGGCUGCUGCCAUUUCGACUGCUACCCAGGAAGAGCAAAUCUGGCACAAUGAGCAACGUGAUGAAGCGCCUACUGCCGACGCAGCCGUCCAGCCCCUGUCUCCGCCUGCAUCCCCUGUAGAGCCAGUUCCACGGCUUGCUGCUGAUACCUCGCGACCAACAAAGCGAAUGAGGCGUAUCGCCGAACGUGUCGGCUACGCCGCUCUCGGAGGUGCUACAGUUGGCGCGAUGAUCGUCACCUCCCUUAUUUACACAGCCCCAUCCUUUGCCUAA